UCGUCCAAAAGCAUAAGUUUCCGUACGCAUAGGGAGGGAUUCAAUACAAUCCUCGUUUUCCGAUUGCGCGGAAGCUAAGUAAACUAUACUCUUUCCUUCUCUCUCUCUCUCUAGUUUUGUUAUCAAUAGCGAGCAUCUAUGGCAUCGGGGUCGACGGGACGGGCCAAUAGUUCGGGUUCCAAAGCGUUUGAUUUCGGGUCUGAUGAUAUUUUAUGCUCGUAUGAGGAUUACGGCAAUCAGGAUGGAAAUAAUGGAAUCCAUUCCGAUCCUUCCAGCGCUACUAAUUCCACGAAGGAGUUUAACAAAAGCAGAAUGGCAAGAUCCUCUGUUUUUCCUGCAUCCACUUAUAGUCCACCAGAAGAAUCUUCAUUCAAUCAAGGUGUUAUCACCACUGUUGAAAACACCAUGAAGAAGUAUACUGAUAACAUCAUGCGUUUUCUCGAGGGAAUUAGUUCAAGGAUGUCACAGUUGGAAUUGUAUUGUUAUAAUCUCGACAAAUCAAUUGGAGAAAUGCGUUCUGACUUGCUUCGGGAUCAUGGAGAGUCAGAAUCAAAGCUCAAAUCUCUGGAGAAGCAUAUCCAAGAGGUCCACAGGUCUGUGCAGAUCCUAAGAGAUAAGCAGGAACUAGCUGAUACUCAAAAGGAGCUAGCCAAGCUUCAGCUUGCACAGAAGGAGUCCUCUAAUCAACAGAAUGAGGAUAGAGCUUCAACACCUGCUUCUGAAGUAAAAAAAAGCGAGAACUCAUCAGAUACCCAUGACCAGCAGUUGGCACUUGCACUGCCCCACCAGGUAUCUCCGCAGCCCUCUAUCCCUGCCCGGCCACUUGAGCAUCAGCAGCCUUCUAUGGCACCCCCGUCAUCCAUGCCUCCCCAAAGUAUGCCACAAGUACAGGCAUACUACUUGCCUCCACCACAAAUGUCAAACGUUGGUGCCUCUUCCCAACCAUCUCAGACUCAAUAUCUGCCAGCACAAUCACAAGUUCAAGACCUCUCUAGGAUGCCACCGCCGCCUACUCAGCCUCAAGUAAACCAGAGCCCACAGGUGCAGUCAUUACCCACAUAUCAGCAGCAGUGGGCCCCGCAGCUACAACAGCCAGUGCCAUCACCCCAACAGCCGGUUAUGCAGCCACAGAUCAGAACCUCAUCUCAGGUGGUUUAUUCUUCCUAUCUGCCUAAUCAGCCAAAUCAGUCUCCUGCAGAAAUGGUGCCGAAUAGCAUGCCUAUGCAGGUGUCAUUUGUGGGAGCACCUCAACCUGGUUCCACAGGUCCUGAAGCAACCUAUGGGUAUGGCAAUGCUGGCAGACCAAUUCAACAGCAGCCUCCGCCGCAGCAUCUCAAGCCUGGGUAUGGCUCACAAUCAGGGGAGGGCUAUGUCCCCAGUGGCCCCCGCUCGACACUUCCACCUGGAAACACUUACAUGGUUUUUGAUGGUGAAGGUGGAAGGACACAUCAUCCUCCCCCACAGCCUCACUUCCAACAAAACGCCUAUCCUCCACAGCGUAUGCCUAGCCCUAAUAUGGUAGUUCCUCACUCCAUCCGCAGCCAUCCCUACAAUGAGUUAAUUGAGAAGUUGGUGGGCAUGGGUUACAGAGGUGACCAUGUGGUUGGUGUCAUUCAGAGGCUGGAGGAGAGUGGUCAGACUAUUGAUUUCAAUUCAGUGCUUGAUAGGUUGAAUGGACACCCAUCUGGAGGUUCUCAGAGAGUAUGGUCUAGUUAAAGCCUCCUCAAAUUCACCUGCUCCACGGCAUGGUUUCUUUAUUCUGAGUUUAUCAUGUAUUGAAUAAAGGAUGAUUGAGAUCAUUUACGUAAUUUGGUAAACAUAGGGGUGAAGAGAUGCUUUUUUUAUAUGUAAUCUUUUUCCCAAUGUUGUUACUGUCAAAAAUUGCUAUGUUCACUUCUCUUUGCUACUGUAUGUAUCUUGCUUACACGGCCCAACGGAUAAUGGUAUGUCUUGGUUUUUAACAUUUA